AUGUUGGACAUAGUAAAGGAAGACAACUUAAUUCAAAACACAUUUCAAAUAUGUUUAAAAAAGGAGGCUGCAAAUAAUAUCAAAUUCCAUCUUGAGACUUAUGAAAAUGAACUAAAAGAAAAUAAUGAUGAAUUAUAUUUUAAAGUAGAUAAUUUAUAUUUUAUAUUAUUACAUAAGAUAGCAAGUUUGCAUAAACAAAAAAAAAAUUGUUUAAGUUAUUUAUGUUCUUGUUCUGUACGGUUACAAGAUAAAAAUUUUUUUAAAAGCUUAAAUAUAGAUUGUAAAUCUAUAGAAAAUAUAACCAAUGAAAUAUUAGAUCAAAUAAUAAAUAGUACAAUUAUUUAUUUGGAAAAUUUAGAUGUAUAUCCAAAUGUGAAAAUAUCAUAUAAAGAAAGAAUAAAUGUAUUUUAUGAAUUUUUGAAAGGAUCUUGUACAUCUAGAUUUUUAAAAAAAUUAUUAUCUGUUAUUGAAGAAAAUGAUAAAAAUGAGAGUGAAAAUAAUAAGCAAUUAAAUAAAUUUUUUAAUCCAAUAAUUGAUAUGAUUUUAGAAAAUUUGAAUUCUAGAAAUUUAAUAUAUCCUAAAAAUGAUGUAGCAAUACUUUUAAAAUUUAUAUCAAGUUUUAAGCAAUUAGCUGAUUUAGUUGUUAAUAAUAAAUCCAUAUUUUUAUAUCUUAAUUUGAAGGAUAGGGUAAAGGAUCAUUUUUCUCCAUUGCCUUGUUUCAAAACAGAAGAGAAUCAAAAAUUAGAUGGAAAUAAAGAGGGUGAGGAAAAAACAGACAAGAAGGAGGAAGUGGAAACAGCCAAAAUAUGCGGGUUUGAUAAAAAUGGGAAAAGCAGUAAUGAUAAAGAAAUUGGAGGGUGUGGAUAUAAUUUACAAUUAAGUAGUUUGUUAGGAAGACUUAUAUCACCUACAGUUAUAACAAUGCCAAAUAUAAAAAAUAAAGAAGAAAUUGCAAUGUAUAAAUAUUUUUAUAAUAGUACAACAAAUAGCUUAAAUAAGAUGACAUUGGCUAGUUUGAAAAAUAUUUAUACAGUAGUACGAGGAGAUACAAAUUGGAUUUUAGAAAAUUGUGUUGAAAUAAUUAAAAAUUUAUUAAAAGGUAGUAGUGAAAGUAAAAAAAGAGUUUUAUUAUGGUUAAAUUGUAUAUUAAUAUCUAAUGAAAAGAAAACUAAAAUAAUGUAUCACUAUUCUACUUAUCCACAAUCUUUAGAUAAUUCCUAUGGAUUAUUUUUAAAAUUAUUAGGAGAAAAUUCCUAUGGUUUUUGUUUAAACAUAUUAUGGGUAUUAUUAUGUUUAUGUGAACCUAUAACUAUUAACAAAAUUAAUGAUUUAGAUUUAUAUUUUUUUUUAAGAGACGAUCCAUUUUCUGGAUUUAUUUUAAAAAAUAUAACUAACCAAUCUUCAUUUGAAGAAAUAUCAAAUGUUGAAAAAAUAAAAAAUAAAGUUAGAGAUUUUGAAAGUUUUAAAAAGGAGCCUAAAUUUAUUACUUGUAUAUUUUGGAUGACAUAUAAAGCCCUUAGUGUUUUUCUUAAACCCUCGAUAGAUGAAUUUAUUAGAAUAGUUCAUGGAGUUUCAAAUGCUAAAGAUAAAAAUAUAUAUUAUAUGAAUAUACAUACAUGGAAAAUAUUUUUAUAUAAUUCUCGUUUUGCUCAACUUUUAUUCAAAUUUUUGAAUUUAUGUAUGAGUUAUAUGUUAAAUGUAGUUUAUUUAUAUGACCGUGAUGGUAAUUUAGAUACAUCUAUGAAAUCAUAUUUGGAUGAGCAUAAAGGAAACUAUUCACAGUUAGUUUUGAAAGUUUGUCCACCUCCUAAUGAGUCAAAUAAUGAAAAAGACAGAUCAGCUAUCCAAAGAAAUACAGGAAAUAAUAUAGAAUCAAAUACCAGUGAAGAAAAUCCAUCUAAUAAUGAUAGAAUGGAGAGAGAAAAUGGGGGUAGUUACUCUGAAAAUAAUUUAUGUGCAUCUCCCCAAUUUUCUAUAAUUCCAACAUUUUUUUUAAGUGACGUAUUUGAAAUAAUAUUUUUAUUAUACGAGUUAGAUACAUUUAAAACCCAAAAUCAUGAAACAUUUAUGUCAUAUUUAAAUUUAGAUUUAUUUUUAGCUUUUACAAUUUUUUCAAUGCUUAGUGAAAAACAUAUAAAAAGUAUCCAUUUAAGAUGUGAAUCAGCUCCUAAAACAUUUACUUAUUUAUAUAAGUUAGAUAAUUUAAAAUCAAUAAUUGAAGAAUCAGAUUUAACAAAAAAAUAUAUUAUAAAAUCAUUGACAAAUGUUUUUAUAUCAUCUCAAAAAGGUGAAUAUGCAGAAAGAAUGCAAACUCGUUUACAUAUUGUUGAAAAUUUUAAUAGUUUUUUUUAUAAUAAAAUAUAUGUAAAUCAAUUUACCCAAUUAAUUAUAAAUAAUAAUAAUCUGUUUGUACAUUUAAUCCAUUUAUUAUUGAAUGAUGUAAACUUUUUGGUUGAAGAGGUUGUAUCAUAUUUAUCUGAAAUCAAAAGACGGGAGGAUAAAAAAAAAGCUAAAGAAGCAUCACGAACUACUUCAAAUACAAAUAGAGGGGAGAGAACUGGUGAUGGAAAUUCACAAAAUGAAGAAGGAAGUUCUCAUCAAAGUGGUAAUACAGAUAGACGUAAUAGAAAUCGAAGAGAAGGAAAUGAUGGAGAGGAAGAGGAUGUACUAAAUGAGUUUGAUGAUCAAAGAAGACGUUAUGGAAAUAGUUUAAAUAUGAAUUAUGAAAAUGAAGAAGAUAAUGAAGAAAGAGAAGAUAAUGGGGGUGGUGGUGGUUCAGAUAUAUCAAGUCAAAGCAUGUCAAAUUUAGCAGCUAGGACAAAAAUGAUAAUAACAUAUUGUUAUGAAUCUUGUGUAUUUUUAAAUUUAUUAUGUAAAAAUUAUCCAAUAAAUAUUGUAACAUCAAAUACUAUAUUAACUCAAAUAGUUACCUGUUUAAAUUGUUAUUUUGAUUAUUUAGUGGGACAUAAAAGUUUAAAGAUAAAAGUAAAAAAUAUGGAACAAUAUAAUUUCAAACCUCAAUUAUGGCUAACUAUCAUAGUAGAAUCAUAUUUAUAUUUAUUAAAUUUAGAGAAAGAUUGUCAAGAUCUAUUAAUAAGAGAAAUAGCUAAUGAAGGUAGAUAUUAUAAACAAGAGAUUUUUAAUAAAGCAUAUUAUAUAUGUAAAAGAGAAAGUUUAUUAAAUAAAGAAAAUCUAAAUAAAUUUAAAUUAUUUUGUCAAGAUAUAAUUGAUAUGAAGGAUGAAGUAGAAUUAUUUGAUGACACAACUGAUAUACCAGAGAAAUAUUUAGAUCCUAUUUUGCAAGACAUAAUGUUUGAUCCAGUUUUAUUACCAACAUCUGGUAUUGUCAUCGAUAGAAAAAAUAUUGAAAGACAUUUAAUGAGUGAGCCCAAUGAUCCAUUUAAUAGAGCUCCUCUUUCAAAAGAGCAAUUAGUUCCUAUGCCAGAAUUGAAAGAAGAAAUACAAAAUUAUGUCAACAAGUUGAAACAAGAAAAAAUGAAAAAUAGAAAAAAAAAAAAUGUUGAUCUUGAUGCAGAUAUGGAUCCAAAUGAAGGAACUGAAAAAAAGGAAGAAAAACAUGAAGAGAUUAAUUCAAGUUUUAACAAAAAUGAACUUGAUUAG